AUGGAUAUCAGUCUUUCGUAUAGCGGUAUAGUUUGCAGAGAGACUAGUGUCGCUACGAAGAGACAUAAGCGCGAUAUGAGUCUGGAGCACUGGAACGAUGUGAACUGUGGUAUUGAAGCUCAUUUUUAUGGUGCGAUGAAACUCAGCGAGAACACUGCGCUGCUUUACCGGAUGGGUCGAUGGGAACCAGAGGAUGACCGGGAGGAGGAUGGGGAAGAGGAGGAUUCUAAGAGCGGGAUAGAAGAAUAG